ACAGGUUCUGGAAAGACACUGACAUUCUGGAUGCUAUUACUAUUUGCAUCUAGAAUUCAGAUUAUAGUCACACCUUUGAAUAUCUUAGGGAAGCAAAACAAAGAUGACCUCCGCAACAUCUGGAAACCACUCCCUUGUAUUAAGCUCUAA